AUGCCCCUGAAGCGGAGAGAAGGAGCCUCCGUGGGCCUUUUGGGACCAGGGCCGCCCUGUAAGUCAGGGCCCGGUCAGUGUCCCUGGCAUCCCGGGCGCUUUGAAACGCCAGCGGCGGCCCCAGCCCCCUGUAAGCAGGGUCGUGCAGCCGCUCUGGCCGCUGCUUUGCAUGCCCAGCCCCAUUGCCCAGGGUGUCUGCUGCGGCGCCCGUCUGCCAUCCCGACCGGAAGUGUGCCGUGCGCCGCUUGGCGGCUGGCACAGAAGGAAGAAGAGGCCCGCUGUGGAGCGGCGAGGCAACAUACGGCGGAGGCAAGAGGCGGCGAGGCAACAUACGGCGGAGGCAAGAGGCGGCGAGGCAACAUACGGCGGAGGCAAGAGGCGGCGAGGGAAGAGGAGCAGCGUCAGGCUGAAGAGCAGGACAGGAGAAAGGCGCCCUGGGCAAUGAGACCUCCCUCUGAAUUUGGCUGUGGUAACACAAGAUCUUUGCCAGCACCGUUAGGGUGCCCUGGUUGGCUUUGUGCUGGGCGACCUCCCUGUAAGCAGGGCUCGGUCUUUGCUUUUGCUGUUGUAGGCGUUUUGCCACCUAGCUCCUUGGCUGCUCGGAGACCGGCAACCCUGUAAGGAGGGUCCGAGCCGGCGUCUCCACCCGUAUGGGGGAAGUGUAGCUCCCUGGACCCCAGCCCCCCCUGUAAGCAGGGGAGGGCCCUUUAAACAGUUUCUUGGCUGCUGGCGGCCUGGCCAGCGUGACCCCCUGUACUCGGGGCGUGUCACAGCGAUUGGCAUCCUGCGGCCCCUCUACCUGCAUGCAUCCCCGGGGGGGCCAGGUCUGACCCUCUGCUCUCCUGCUCAGGGGUAAGGAUGCCUGCCCCACCAGUGGCUGCCCAGAGCUUGCUCCCUCUCUUGGGAAGGGCUGUGUGUGUGGCCCCUCUUGCCUCGGUGUGCCUGAGUCUGCUUGUCCUUUAGGUCCCUUAGAAAAGGCUGUAGCUUAGCUUAGGCUUCCCAGGAGGGAAAGAGGGGCUCUGGGCGGUUCCACGGCAGUCUCCUUGGAGGCCUCGAGCGGGGUGGGAGCUCGGCUUGCCCCUCCUUUGAUUGGCUAGACACAGCGAAGCCGCUUAGUCGUCCUGCGGCAAGGUGACCCACCUGUAGUUCAGGGCCUGGGUCUCUGCCUUCAUGGCAGCCUGUUCUCUUGGCACCCUGUCAGAUUAACAGCCCUGUACUCGGGGCCUGUGUGAAGAGUUGUGGAGCCUUCUGUCCCGUUCUGUCCCCUUCUGUCCCCAGCAGCAGCCCAAGGUCCCUGUAAGCAGGGCUGGGGAGGCUGCUUUUGGCAGCUAACAGGAACAAACCCUUAGAGGGUUGAGGUGAGUCCCUGGGCUCCUGAAGAAGUGGUGUUGUGCUGCAGCCAGGAGGGCCGGCCCGUAAGUGGGCGCAGGCCAGAGCCCGUGGCUCUCGGUGGGGCUUUUUGGGAGUGCCGGGCCGAGAGCGACCGCCCUGUAGGCAGGGAAGUGUGUUGCCAGUGCCCGGCGGGAGGUUCAAGGAGGGACCCCCCCUGUAAUCAGGGGGGGUAGAUCUGGUCCCGGCCUUUCAGAGGCAUGGGGCCAGGGAGUGUGUGGGGCUUAGCUUAG